GUCCGUGUCAGUGCGGGGCCGGUCGCGGACGACCUAGGUCUCGGCUCGGGACUAUCGUCCUUUGACCCUGGUUUGGCAUAACGCAGUAGAAACUGGGAAAUAGAUCCGAGAUUGAUUCUGCACCUUUUGUUGAACCUGUGACCUUGGGCCAGUCACUUCUCUUCGCCCCCACAAUGUCUCAGCUGUAAAAUGGGGAGGCAGUGCCCCCCCCCCGGCAGGCUGGGUAGGAGGGUGAGGUAGGGUGACCUAUGAAGUGAGACGACAUUGGGGAUUCUCAGUCAAUGUAAAUCUGCUCCUGCGCACCCCUGCAUCCUCCUGGGGAGUCCUCAUGGGAGAAAGGGAAAUUAAUUUAAAAUUUAAAAUCUGGGGUCCCCGGCAAAACUUUGUAAAGGGGUCUCCCUCUUGUUCUCUAAACACACCUUUACUAACUUUGCUCUUUCCCGAGGUGUGGGGACAGGGUCUCUCUCUGCUGGGCACUGCCCUUCCCCUCCUGCCUUUCCAUUCAGAGGGUUCACAUCCUUCGGGUUGAAAUACCACUCUGCUCGCGAAGUGGUGCCUCUGUCUUCCCUCCUUGGCUUCUCUGUCCCCACUGUACCCCCGCGGUGGGCACGGAUGCCAGUUACUUCCUUUUACUGACAACCGUCUCCUCUUGGGUCUCUUCUCUGCUCCUGGAAGGCAGAACACUGGCUUUGGGGGCCCUGGAGACUGAAUGUGCUGGGGACAGUUGUGUAGAAUGUUGCUGAAUUGGUUGAUUAUGGGGUUUGUAUCCUUGAGGGGAGGAGGUCCCUGUGUGAAGGAGGGGCAGUUGGUUGGGAGCCAAGCCUGGUCCCUUGGAGACUGACCCUGAAGCUGGGGAGCAGGGGCGGCGGGGAGGAGGGCAGGUGUGGGAGAACACAGAGGCCUUCACUGCCACAGCUGCAGGGGGAGCGGAGUGAAGAGUGAGGGGCUGGGGUGAUAAGGUGUGCAGUGACUGCCUCCCUCAGAUGUUAUGAGAGAACCUGCCUCUCCCACCUGCCUUGGCUGCCUCACUCUACUCUAUCUGUUUCUGACACUUCAUUCCUUUGGUCUGAGCCCAGAUUCCCUUUCUGAGGCUUUUUGACUCCGCUUGCACUCCUGUCCCCACCCACCCCACCAUUGCCUUCCAUGAUCAAGUUUGGGCUGGUGGGUCAGACCCAGCAUCCUAGGUGGCCUGAGGUCCCUGCCACUUCUACACACACACACACACACACACACCCUUUUAGUUAGGAAUAUUUUGGGGCCAGGAACUUCCAGGUUGUUCUCUGCUAUCUUGUACCUGCUUGCUGAUCUUCUCCCUGUUCUCAGAUAUUCUCCUGGCCAGGCCAAUGCUCCAGUGGUGGACAGGAGAGCAGCUGGACCUGCAGAACACACUGUCAUCUCCUCUGACUUUCUAGCAGCAGUCAGGCUGGGAGCAGAGAGGACCCAGGAGCUCUGAGUGAGAACUGUCCUGGUUAGGAAAGAAGGUGCCUAGAGGGCAGUGGCCCGGGCCCUGGAAUAGCCUCAGGAUCCAGGUUCCAAAGAUGUUUCUCUUCCACCUUCUCCCUCUCUCCCCCUUCUCCCACCAUGCAAUGCAUGCUUUCUAAAUUCUGCCUCCAGCCUCUCUGUCUGUCUCUCCCCCAUCUGUAAUCAUAUCUUUGUGAAUCACAGAAUCCCAGAUUCCAGGACAUUGGCCAGGCUCUCUGGAGGUCAUCUCGUCCAGCCCAUAGCCUCCAGGACAUUCAGCCUAUGCUCUGGCCCUGACAGAGCUGGUCUUGAGAGUGAGAAAGAGAAGGGAGGAGCUAUAGCUUCCUGGUCCCCAACUCCUACCCCUUCCACUCUGCUCCCACCCUCCCUCCACCUCCCAGCAAGUUCUUCUCAAAGUCUGACCCAUUGUUAUUUAUACCUUCAGCCAGUAGAUGUAGGAAACAACUCACUCUCACAGAAAGGCCAAAUCAGUCUCCUUUUUUCCCUCUUCCUCUGUCCUCUGGUUGUUUUGUAUGUACUAUGAAGGGGUUUACUGGAACUUUUCCCUUGUUCCAGUAGGAAAAUCACCACUCAGUCUCACUCUCUUCCCCAUCUCAUCUUGCCUUUUGAAAGUCCCCUCCCCCCAGACCUAGGGCAGCCUCAUGUGUGGGUGCAGACAGAGGCAGGGAAAGGGCCCAUGCUUCUUCCUGACACUCCAGGUUUCCAGCUAUGACCCCCACUCCAGGCUGGGCCUGGAAACCCUUUCCCCUCUUAGCUUUAUCUGGAGGCCCUGGCCCUUCAUGGCAGUCCUGUUGCUGGUGCCUGACAAGCUCAGGGUGGGAUGAGGAGGACACCCAGUGCCCCCCUGCAAACCUCCCGCCUUGGUAGCUUCCCCUGGAGGGAAACAAUGGGACUGUGAGCAGAAAAUGGCAGGGGUGAAAGGAGGCUGGCCUGAUCUGGGCCGGAGCGGGCCCCAAGCCCACCACAGCACUGGCACUGUGACAUUUCCCUGCAGCCCCUCCUGCCCUGUUCUCACUGGAAGCCAGAAGUUGGUGGGGGGAGAUCUGUGGGAGGUUUGAUCACCAGGGCCCAGCAAGGGGGAUUCCAGAAUGUGUACUUUGAUGGAGAAAUGCAGCUGUGGAAGGGAUGAGGCGAGGGCGGGGCAGGCAGCCAGGCCUCAGUCAGGCUGGCAGCAGGGCACCCAGCCAGGCAGAGCAGGAGGUGCUCAGGGAACAUAGAAGCCAUCCCUGGGGACGGGGGAAGAGUGCCCUCUAGCCUGCACCCUCCCGCCUGCCUGGGGCAGGACCCUGCGUGCAUCCCCAGACUCCCUGAGGAGGAACGAAGAGAGGGAAAGGUCAGGGAGGGUUCUUCUGUUUGCCACCUGGCCGCCUUGGGCUGGGCCAUCCAACUCUGAGCCCUCCAUUUAAUUCCAGAAAUUAGAUCUGGAAAGGACAUAGAGAUCAUCUGGGUCAACCUUCUCAUUUACGGUGACAAGUCCAGCAAAAUCCAGGGACAGGAGGUGACUUGCCCAAGGCCACCCAGAGCACAGGUAGCUGAGGACUCAGGCCUGGCAGUCCACCCCCUGCUGAGGACCUGUCCUUGUGUGCAGUGAGGGCUGGGGUACCGGGCCAGCCACAGCCCCUCCUGCCCUCCCAGGCCCUCCCUCACACGGCUGCUCCCACCUCCGUGUGGGAGAGCAGAAGGCACAGGACAUUCUCUUAGGGGGCGCCCAUGAAGGAUCGCUGUGUCCAUUCCUAGCCCCCCUCAGCCCUGACCAACAGGAAGCACUCUUGUGUGAUGAAGCCCAUCAGGGCUGUGGGCAGCCCCUUGGUCAUGGACCCGACCAGCAUCUGCAGGAAGGCCCGGCGGCUGGCAGGGCGGCAGGCUGAGCUAUGCCAAGCUGAACCGGAAGUGGUGGCUGAGCUAGCCCGAGGCGCCCGACUGGGGGUUCGAGAGUGCCAGUUCCAGUUCCGCUUCCGCCGAUGGAACUGCUCCAGCCACAGCAAGGCCUUUGGGCGCAUCCUGCAACAGGACAUCCGGGAGACAGCCUUCGUGUUUGCCAUCACGGCUGCGGGCGCCAGCCACGCUGUCACGCAGGCCUGCUCCAUGGGUGAGUUGCUGCAGUGUGGCUGUCAGGCGCCCCGCGGGCGGGCCCCACCUCGACCCCCGGGCUUGCCAGGCACCCCUGGGCCCCCAGGCCUCACCAGUUCCUCAGAUGGCAGCGCCGCAUGGGAGUGGGGAGGCUGUGGUGACGACGUGGACUUCGGGGAUGAGAAGUCUAGACUCUUCAUGGACGCCCGGCACAAGCGGGGACGCGGAGACAUCCGUGCUUUGGUGCAACUGCAUAACAACGAGGCUGGCCGGCUGGCCGUCCGGAGUCACACACGCACCGAGUGCAAGUGCCACGGGCUGUCUGGCUCCUGCGCGCUGCGCACCUGCUGGCAGAAGCUGCCCCCGUUCCGGGAGGUGGGCGCGCGGCUGCUCGAGCGCUUCCAUGGCGCCUCGCGUGUCAUGGGCACCAACGACGGCAAGGCUCUGCUGCCCGCGGUGCGCACUCUCAAGCCGCCAGGCCACGCUGACUUACUCUAUGCCGCAGACUCGCCCGACUUCUGCGCCCCCAACCGGCGCACGGGGUCACCUGGCACGCGCGGCCGCGCCUGCAACAGCAGCGCCCCGGACCUGAGCGGCUGCGACCUGCUGUGCUGCGGCCGCGGGCACCGCCAGGAGAGCGUGCAGCUGGAGGAGAACUGCCUGUGCCGCUUCCACUGGUGCUGCGUAGUGCAGUGCCACCGCUGCCGCGUGCGCAAGGAGCUCAGCCUCUGCCUCUGAUGCUGCCCGGCUCUCCAAGCUGCGCACAGCCGCCUCCAGGGCCCUGCAGAGCCUCUGCGCUCCAGCAGGGGGCGCUAUCCCGGCCCAGCUUCCCGCUGCGACAGCCCAUCUCCCAGGCCUCUGGAAACAGGUGGGGGGUGCUUGAGACGCAAGCCCGCCCCUGAAGGCCCAGGGCACCAGAGGGGACCCCGAGAGGCACUCUGGGGACUUGUGGGGAAGACUACACAGCUUCCCAGUCUCUUCUUCGCCCCCAGAUGCCCAGAUGGAAACCAAAGAGCCAGUCUCUAGGCCUCUGAUUGUUGGGCUCGUCAGAACUGCUGGCCAUGAGAUGGGUGGGUGAGUUUAGUAUCAAUAAAGAUAUUUAAACCCAUAGGACUGGGCCCGCAGUUUGGGAGAGGGGCUGGUCUCCUGCAGGCUGCCGGGGGCCUCAUGUGGAUGGAGUAUUAAAAAAUGAGAUGGUUUCUGUAGAGAUAUCAUCUCAGGGAUCAUCACCCUGGGCCCCUAUCUCUUCUCCCCUCCUGGAUUCUCCUGGACUCUCCUGGAUGCUCUGGUGAGGAACCUAGCCUCUCCCUUCUUGUUGACUGUUGUCACACAUCUAGGACCUGGGUCUGUAAAAUGGGAGAGAACUCGCAGCCCCUCUUUAAAGGUGCCGGCAGAGAGAGUCCAGAACAAAAGGUCAGAGCUCCUGGUGGUUUAUUUAGCUCUUACUAGCCCUUUGCUCAGGGAGCUUGAGGCCUUUGGUUUCUGUGACCCUGGGGAAUUAGAGGGUAGACUUUUAAGGCUACCCAGGCCCAUAAAAUUAAAGCACUUUAUAAACUAGAAUGUGAUGCGAAAAUGUCUUUAGUAACACCAGACUUGGCUGCCAUCAAAACUAACUGCAUCCCCAUUAACAUUGCAAAGUUUGCCCAGACAGUGAUUCUAGUCACAGUCAGAAGGGUUGUUGAAGCAAGGCCGCCCUGAGGUUUCCCUAGAACUCCCACCAUGGUUCCUUCCUUCUGGUUCAUCUCCGGAAGCCUUUGGGGUUCUGAGUGCUCCAGAGCUGAACUUCAUGCUGCCUUCUUCCUCCAGAGAGAAUGGGGGAGGGCAUAGCCAAAGCCCCCAACUUCCCCACAGUACAAAUACUGGAAUGGGGAGUGGCGUCCUAUCCCCACCAAGGUAGGUAGGGCAAAGUGUGGUCUUUUCAUUUAGACACUCGGAUUUGAAAUUGAUGCUGCUGCUUAGAAGUCAAUAAUUUAGGCCAUGUUCAGGCUUUGCCUAGCCAAUGGGAAUAGCAUCCUAUUUCAGUUAUUCAUUGCUAUGUAAUGACACCAAGUCACUACUUCCCAUUAUCCUCGAGGUUAGGAAUUUGUUGGAACUUCUCCGGGUGGUUCUCCUCCCUACGGAGGAACUAUUGGCUGUGGUCAUUCACCGGUGGGCUGGGCUGGGCUGGGCUGGACAGUCCAAGAAGAUUUACUCCUAUGUCUACUGCUUCAGAGCUUACCCAGUGGCCUUCUCUCCAUGCGGCCAGCGUGGGCUUCCUCACUGCAUGGUGGCCUCAGGGAUAUCAAAUAUCUUACACAAGGUUGGCUUUCAAAAUAGAGUGUGCCAAACACUCUAUCGAAGUUUGAAGGCAAACACUGCAAGUCUCCCCGUAGGUACAGACUUGGAGGUUACACAACACUGCUGUCAUUUCACUUGUUCAACACAAGUCACAGAACCAGCCAAAAUUCAAGGGGAGGAGAAACAGACCAACUCCCAAUGGGAGGAAUGGCAGAGAAUUUGCAGCCAUUGUAAUCCAUCCACGUCCUGCAGCAUUGUGGGGAGGAGUUUUUCUCAGAUAUGAAAAGCACUUAGCACAGUAUUUGACACAUAAUGAUUUAUGUCAAAUUUAUGUUUAAUGAAUGAUGGUUUCUGUGAGAAUGAGGAUAGAACUGAUGCUUUGCAAGUAUAGGACAGACCUUUCAAACUAGCUUAGGCCAAAGGGAAUUCACGAAUGGGUUGCAUACCUGGGAUAUCUAGGGGAAAGUAACCUCAGCCGUGGCUGAAUCCUGGGGUUCAAAUGAUGUCAUGAUAUCAUGACUCCCACCCAGUCUAUCUCUGUUUUUCUCAUCUCUGUCCCUCGUCCCCCACCCCCACACUUAUUGUUCUUGCUAUGUCUGCCUCUUUUUUCAAACUGUCUUCAUGCUCUCCUGCUGGCAGUCCAAUGCCGACAUUCUUAGUGCUGAUGAUUAAAAAAAUAAUGACCUUGGUAGAAUUCCCAAGAAAGACCUUUAUUGGGUCAGCUUGGGUCACUCACCUGUCCCAGAGCCAAUAACAAUUUCCAUGGAGAUUUACUACCAUGACUGGGGAACACAGGGGAUUGGGGGCACAGGGAGAACAGAGUUCUUCAAAUGAAACAGAAGGAAGGGGAACUCAUUUUUUUUUAAUAUUUAUUUAUUUAUGCAUACAAGAACUGGGGCACAGGCCAGAGGUGUGGGUUGAGAGGAUUCACCAGAGACAGAGUGGGGCACAGAACAGGCAGACUGACUAAAAUACACUGCUGAGGGGAGCAGCGUGUGAGACAGGAGAGGUCUGCCGCACCAUGUGGGUAGCUCCCUGGCUGGGGAUCAAACUCAUUCUGCAGUGGCUGCAGACAGCUUCAUAGGUUGCGUCUUAACCCCUUGUGCCACAGGGAGGCCCAGAACUCAUCUUGGAUGUGGCAGACCCUAACCGUGGUUUCCUGUGCCUCUGUCUUCCUGCCACAAUUCCUCUGCAUCCACCUCCAUGGCCUCUCCUGGUUAGGCCCUCAAGGAUCACAGUGGGGCCCCAGAACAAGGCAAAUGUGGAAAGGGUUAUCAGGCUGCAGAUGGAAGGAAGAGCUGCCUAUGUUUUCCUUCCUGCUUCCUCCUGGGUCCCGUAGGUUGGCUGCCUGGGCUUCAGAUAUGUCAUGGAGAAUUUGGAUGAAGAGCCUCUCUAAACAAGGGAUGUUGGGUAAUAUUUUUUAAAGAUUUAUUUAUUUUUAUACAAGAACCGUGGUACAGGCCAGAUGUGUGGGAGGGUAAGAAGAUUCACCAGAGACAGAGCGGGGCGCAGAACAGGCAGACUGACCGAAACACACUGCUGAGGGGAGCAGCGGGCAUGACAGGAGAAGUCUGCUUCGCCAUGUGGGAUUCUCGCCGGCCGGCUGGGAUCGAACCCGUGCUGCAGAGACUGCCGACAGCCUCACAGUGUGGCGCUCAACCACCUGCGCCACCAGGGAGGCCCCUAUUGGGUAAUUAUCAAGGGGAGAGAGAAUCAAACUGGGACCAUGAGCCACAUGGAGGAAAAAUGAACCUCUGAAAGGGCUGAGUUCACAAUCAAAGCUCUGCCUUCCCCAGAGCUCUGGCCUGGGUACAAUACCUCUGGGCGCUUUUACUCUCAUGCACUUCCCCCAGAGACCACCAGGGGGUGCACAGAGCCAAAUUUCCUAUUAAGGGGAAUGACAGGCACUGCAAGACAUCUGGGAAACAGAGUGGUGGGCAGGAGAGGGUAGCUCAAAAAGAAGCAAGGAGACUCAUGGACAUCUUGGACCAAGCUGCUAGGGUUCCAGACUGUCUGGGACCUCUGCAAUGGUCCAGAUUGGGGCUGGAUGCCUGCCUCCCAGUCUCUACAGCCUGAUCUGGGAAGAUAGUAUGGGGUGGGUGAUACUGGGCAUCCUUCAUGAUACCAGAGAGGGGAAAUGAGGCCAUGGCAUGAACUGACAGCAUCCCAGAUUAAAAGGAACUCAGAGAAAAUAGUGUAAUACAGUGACAAAAAAAAUGGCUGAGU